AUGUCCAGAGCGGAAAGCUUCAUCGAGGAAGAUGGUUUUGGGUUCGUUCCCAGGCCGGAUCGUUAUAAACAUAAUAAACCAUUCGAGAUUGUUAAGAGAUACACAAUGACGAACAGGCACAAAGCGUCGGUGCAAUUGAUAUCUUGGGGCGCCGGUAUUCAAGCCGUCAAAGUGCCCAAUCUGUCGGGGAUUUUGGGUGACGUUGUUUUGGGAUUCGACGAUAUGGAGGGUUAUUCGAAGAACAGGUACAUAGGAAGCGUAAUCGGUCGAGUGGUGAAUCGCAUCUCGUCAGCCAAGAUGAGGAUCGAAAAUAAGAAUUACUCCUUGUCCACCAACGACAGGGAUGGCGUCAGCCAUUUUAACGGAGGCUUCGUGGCAUUCGACAACGUGAAUUGGGAAUCGUACAUGUCGAAGGACAACGUGGUGAUGUCUCACUUGAGUCCUGCGGGCAGCGAAGGAUAUCCAGGAAACAUGCUAACUCAGAUUAAGUUUUCCUGGAAGAACGAUAAUCAGCUGCUCAUCAAUAUCCGUGCUACUGCCACUGAACCAACUCCAGUCAACAUUACGACUAAUUGCUCGAUGAAUCUAGCUGGCCAUGCUACCGGUGCAAAGGAGUUGAAGAAGCACGUAAUCUCGUUGAACGCAGGUAGCUGGACCAUCGCGGAUAUUAAGGACGAUUUGCCGACAGGUGCUAUAUAUCCGGUUGACCGUACAGUGUUCGAUCUACGUUUACCGACUCAGUUAACCAAGAGACGCCUUUACAUCGUACCAGGGGGUGGUUACAACCAGAACCUCUGCAUAACCAGCCCCAGCAGUUGGUCUUAUCGUUUCCACGCUAGAAUCAUCCACCCUGGUUCUGGAAGAACUUUGGAGGUAUAUUCGAAUCACCCAGGUCUCCAGUUUUCCACCGGAAACGAUUUGCCAGACCCCGAUCGCGAUUAUCCACCCGAUUUCGAAGAUUACUACCCUUUGGAUCAAGUUAGAAAAUUCACGUUUGAUUAAAACUCCCUUCAAAGCUCGCGAAACUUUGAAAUUUCCCGCGAAAUUUGGGGAAAAGAUGGCGUGCGAUACGAAAGACACGGUGGAUUUCUUCUGUCACCACAAAACUACCCCGAUGCCGUGAAUAUCAGUAAUUUUCCAUCCUGUAUACUGUAUCCUGGUCAAGUUUACGUGCACGAUAUGGCGUACAAGUUCGGUUUGCUGUCAAAAGACGUGGACUAG